AUGAUUCUAACUGGUAGAAGAAAAUCGGAAAAAAUACUCUCAAAAUCAUUAAGACCUUCCUUAUUUUUAAAUGAAUUCGAUUUAUCAUCUAUGCUCUAAACAUCUUCAGUGAAAACAGAAGGUAAUAUUAAAUCUGUCUCAAAAACAGAAGCAUAACCAAUUCAAAGUUCAUUAAGUGUGAUUCCUGAAAACCCCACUUUUUCAAUGUUACCCCAAAUAGAAGAGAAAUUUGUUCUAAAAUCCAAAGAAGUUAUUUUUUCUAAAGAAAAAAGAGAAUCAAAACUUUUAAAAAACCUGGCUUCUGAAUAAUUAUUACAAUAAUCAAAGCUUGAUCUUAAGUUGCCACUUAUAUAGCAAAGUCCAUAAAUUAAGUCAUUGCCUAGGCAUUCUAGAUAAUUUACUAAUGAAGAUCUUAAAAAAGUUGAAUUUAGACCCUCAAUUAUGGUUAUUGACUUUAUAAAUAAUAUUGUAAAAAAAGACUAAAUUGAUGGAAGUUCAAAACCUUUGACAAAGAAAGUAUAGAGAUAACAAACUAGAUUUGUUAAAUAAAGUUUAUGA